CACCGCGGGGAGGCGCCGGGACGGGGUGGCCGCGAUGCUGGAGAACGGCUCCCUGAGGAACUGCUGUGACCCGGGCGGGCGCGGCCGCCUCGGCUUGGCGGAACGGGAGGCGGCGGCGGCGGGAGCCCCGCGGCCCGCCUGGGUAGUGCCGGUGCUGUCCAGCGUGCUGAUCUUCACCACCGUGGUGGACAUCCUGGGCAACCUGCUGGUCAUCCUCUCCGUCUUCAAGAACCGCAAGCUUCGGAACUCAGGUAACGCAUUUGUGGUGAGCCUAGCUUUGGCUGAUCUGGUGGUGGCCUUGUAUCCAUACCCACUGGUGCUCUUAGCUAUUUUCCGCAAUGGAUGGACACUGGGUGAAACACACUGUAAAGCGAGUGGCUUUGUGAUGGGACUAAGUGUUAUAGGCUCUAUUUUCAACAUCACUGCAAUUGCAAUAAACAGAUAUUGCUACAUAUGUCAUAGUUUUGCCUAUGACAAAGUGUACAGCUGUUGGAAUACAAUGUUGUACGUCUCCUUAGUAUGGAUAUUAACAGUAAUUGCAACUGUGCCAAAUUUUUUUGUUGGCUCUUUGAAGUAUGAUCCACGCAUCUAUUCCUGCACGUUUGUCCAAACUGCAAGCUCCUACUAUACAAUAGCUGUUGUGGUCAUUCACUUCAUCGUCCCUAUCACCAUUGUCAGCUUCUGCUACCUUCGUAUUUGGGUUUUAGUGCUUCAAGUUCGAAGACGAGUCAAGUCAGAAACAAAGCCAAGAUUGAAGCCAAGUGACUUCAGAAACUUUCUUACCAUGUUUGUUGUUUUUGUGAUUUUUGCCUUUUGCUGGGCACCUCUAAACUUCAUUGGACUGGCUGUAGCCAUUGAUCCUACAGAAAUGGCACCAAAAGUUCCUGAAUGGCUAUUCAUUAUAAGUUAUUUAAUGGCCUAUUUCAACAGCUGCCUUAAUGCAAUAAUAUAUGGUCUUCUUAAUCAGAAUUUUCGGAAUGAAUAUAAACGAAUUUUAAUGUCACUGUGGAUGCCAAGGCUUUUCUUCCAGGACACAUCCAAAGGAGGAACUGAUGGCCAGAAGAGCAAGCCUUCUCCUGCUUUAAACAACAAUAACCAAAUGAAAACUGAAACCUUGUAAAUGUGUAAUAGUCAAUGCAAGAGUUUGUCAUGGAGAACACCAAGAUCAUAGUUGUAAUGUUCUGGUCAUUCCUGCUUAAUUCUGGGGAGUUUCCAAGUGGAUCACGCUUUAUGACUGGAAUACUGUUUUCAUAGUAAAGCA